AUGGAGAUGAUGUGUGCCAUGUAUCCUUUGUUCAGGUGUGCCAUUGAGCAGCCGAGCCAGUGCGGGGGCGGCAUCCUUCUCGGCGGCAGUGGCGACGUGCCAGACUUGACCACUGACGAGCUGGCCCAGCUGGAGGAGAUGUGCCCGAGCGCGACGACGACGAGCGGCACCGACGGGGACGACGAGAACGACAACUCCUCUCCAGAGGAGGUCAGCAGUUGCGGGUCCAUUAGCUUGGCAUGGCUCUCAGCCUCGUUGCCGCUAGUGGUGUCUUUUCUACGAUUCGAAGCAGCUCGAUGA